AUGUCGUCGCCCUUGCGGCUGGAUUCCCGUUCAACCGCACUGCCCAACUGUUUCACGUUCUUGCAUGGCAGUACCUACAACCUGCGAUGGCACGACCGACCACUCACUGUCUCGGAACAGUCGGCCGUUCUCACCUGUAACAACUUCGGAUCACUUCCCCGUCAAACAAUCGUGUGGCGCAAGCCAUUCACAGCGGGAUCUUUCAUACCACGACUGCAUUUCCCGACUUUGUAUGAUCCCUCGCUAGAGCUAGUCCGUCCCGUCUUGCUCAAGUAG